AUGUCGGAGCCUUUGACAUUAGAAAAAGAUGUCAAUCGAGCAAUUGAAUUACUGGAUAUUUUGCAGAAGAAGGGAGAGAUAGCCACUCAGAAUAUGGCAGCUUUACAGAAAGUUCUGCAGAGUGACUUUUUACAGACUGUAAGAGAAGUCUAUGAGCAUGUCUAUGAGACUGUAGAUGUGUCGGGAACUCGUGAAGCUCGAGCUAAUGCUACAGCAAAGGCGACAGUGGCUGCUUUUGCUGCUAGUGAAGGACAUGCCCAUCCACGUGUUAUUGAGCUGCCCAAGACUGAAGAAGGUUUAGGAUUCAAUGUAAUGGGAGGUCGGGAGCAGAACUCCCCUAUCUACAUAUCUCGUAUCAUUCCAGAUGGUGUGGCUGCUAAAGAAGGCGGUCUCAAGAGAGGUGAUCAACUGCUUUCAGUUAAUGGAGAGAGUGUUGAGGGAGAAAAUCAUGAAAAAGGCUGUGGAAUUGUUGAAAAUGCGAUACACCCACCUUUCAAAUUGUUGUAUAAUUUUUAA